AUCAAACAACAUAAAGCACACAGAGGCAGAGGCUCGCGCUCAUAAAUUUCAGCAGGCAGAUAUUUUUGCGCAUCGCUUUACAGCGUGUAGCCUAAUUAAUUUCUCGCUGUUCUUUUUUUCUAUAAUUUUUCCACUAAUGCAAAACAUUAAAAAAAAUAAUUGCAAUACAUUUACAGGUAGCAGGUAGGCCUACUAAUUUACUGCCUAAGUGUUCUAUUUUUUAUAUUUUCAUUCACAUGUUUAUUAUUAAUUUUCACUGGAUAUUUUGUUUCCUGCUGACAAUAAUGGGGAUUUGAACACUUUCAAGAGGAAUUGUACGAGGAAACAUAAUCAAAAGAAGACGACUAAUAAAUGACAGAUCAGCAAGGAGCAAUCAUACACAACUCGUCAACUCAAAAGAGAAAGACGAAUUGACAAGAGGACUCCUCCAGGAUACGAGGGACAGCGGCUGUCAUUUUGACAAAUAAGUUUGAACAAUUAUAGCAUAUGUAUUUUCGGACAAAAACAUUUAUAGAUACUCACACUUCGGACCGUGCAUAAAGAAGGAAGAUUGCAAGAAAGUGAUUACUUGGACACGCGAUAUUGAUACCAUUACCGGUACUAACGUUAGCCUAUUUAUUUUUUCUUAUAGGCUACGCGUAAACGCAAUAUCACCAAUAUACAGCUCUCUAACGCAACACAUGUUGUAGUUGUUUUUUUGUAUGUGAGUUUUUCAAGCCAAGUUUCCAUUUGUGUGGCUUCGUGAUUCUGUUUCGGCUGACUAUGGACGAACAAGCCCGGAUCAUGCAGGCUCUCGGCGGUGUCAGCUUGGCUGGCCACUCGAUACAAGGAGGCAUGGCACUGCCGCCUCCACAUGGACACGAUGGGAUAGAUGAUGGGAGAAAACAAGAUAUCGGUGACAUUCUGCAUCAAAUAAUGACCAUUACUGACCAAAGUCUGGACGAGGCGCAAGCAAAGAAACAUGGACUGAACUGCCACAGAAUGAAACCUGCACUCUUCAGCGUCCUCUGCGAGAUCAAAGAGAAAACAGGCCUCAGCAUCCGUGGUGCCCAGGAGGAGGACCCUCCCGACCCCCAGCUCAUGCGUCUGGACAACAUGCUGCUGGCGGAGGGUGUGUCAGGACCAGAGAAAGGGGGUGGAUCCGCCUCUGCCGCCGCUGCAGCCGCAGCUUCGGGAGGGGCCUCAGACAACUCCAUCGAACACUCAGACUACAGAGCCAAACUCACCCAGAUCAGACAGAUCUACCACACAGAGCUGGAGAAAUACGAACAGGCGUGUAACGAGUUCACCACCCAUGUGAUGAACCUGCUGAGGGAGCAGUCCCGCACGCGACCCAUCUCUCCCAAAGAGAUAGAACGCAUGGUUGGCAUCAUCCACCGCAAAUUCAGCUCCAUCCAGAUGCAGCUCAAGCAGAGCACCUGUGAGGCCGUCAUGAUCCUGCGCUCUAGAUUCCUUGAUGCCAGGCGGAAAAGGAGAAACUUCAGCAAGCAGGCGACGGAAAUCUUGAACGAGUAUUUCUACUCGCACCUCAGCAACCCAUAUCCCAGUGAAGAAGCCAAAGAGGAGUUGGCCAAAAAGUGCAGCAUUACAGUAUCCCAGGGGGUGGGAAGCACCAUCACAGUAUCACAGGUAUCCAACUGGUUCGGCAACAAGAGAAUCCGGUACAAGAAGAACAUAGGCAAGUUCCAGGAAGAAGCUAACCUGUACGCUGCUAAGACUGCAGUAACAGCAGCGCAUGCAGUGGCCGCCGCAGUGCAGAACAGCCAGACCAACUCCCCUACCACACCCAACUCCGGAUUCCAGAUGAAAGAUGAAGAAUUUCAGCUGGACUCUGCAGAGAGCAAAAACACUCUUUUAACCAACAUGUUUACUGGUUCUUCAGGUUCUUUUAACCUCCCAAACUCUGGGGACAUGUUCUUGAGCAUGCAGUCUCUGAAUGGGGAUUCUUACCAAGGGGCACAAGUCGGAGCCAAUGUGCAGUCACAGGUGGAUACCCUGCGCCAUGUUAUCAGUCAGACGGCAGGAUACAGUGAAGCUCUAGGGGUGAACACUAUGUACAGUCCACACGGCUUGGAUGCUAACGGGGGAUGGCACGAUACAACUACUCCAUCUGCUGUAAUCUCCCCAACAGAAGGACCUGGAAGUGUGCACUCUGAUACCUCAAAUUGAUCUGUUAUCGAUGCAUCUGAUCCCCAAGCUUUAGAGCCUGAACUUUCACUGACUGACCAACCAGAGAGGAUAAACAAAACUUUUUUUUCAGAACUAAUUGUCUGCUGCAUCUACCAGAGU